AUGGCCUCGAUCGCGGCAUCUCUGGCCUCGGCCCUCCCGAAACCAAAAUACACUGGCGAAGAUGAGGAGGCUCCCUCGCGCGCCCUGCAACGCGGUCCGCGAAUCGUCGGAGCCGGCCAGCUGGACGAGACGCAAAUCGUGCUGAAGCGAUCGGGCCCUCCACCGUACCAACAGCGAGCAGGAUGGCGACCGCGAGGACCCGAAGACUUUGGCGACGGCGGCGCGUUCCCCGAAAUACCGAUUGCUCAGUACCCGCUGGACAUGGGGAAGAAGGGCGCGACGACCAGCAACGCGCUCGCCAUCCAGGUCGACGGCGAGGGCAAGCUCGAUUACGGGGCCAUUGCGCGUCAGGGCCACGCCGAAAACCGAAUUGUUCAUACCUCGUUCAAGGAUCUGAUUCCCCUCCGUCAGCGCGCUGAAGCGGGAGAAAUCGACCUGAGCCGGCCGAGUCAAGAGGAGGUGGAAGCGACGGCGGAAAAGACGAAGAAUGCACUGGCAGCGCUGGUCAGCGGCGCCGUGGCCGCCCAGAAGCCGAAGACGCUCAGCGUCGGAAAGCGAAACGAUCCUACAUUUGUGCGGUACACGCCGGCGAAUCAGAUGGGCGACAAUUCAGCCAAGCAAGACCGCAUCAUGAAGAUUGUCGAGCGGCAAAGGGACCCGAUGGAGCCUCCCAAGUUCAAGCACAAGAAGAUCCCUCGCGGACCGCCUAGUCCGCCUCCUCCCGUCUUGAGAUCGCCGCCGCGGAAGCUGACGGCCAAGGACCAGGAGGACUGGCGCAUCCCCCCGCCGGUCUCCAACUGGAAGAACCCCAAGGGUUUUACCGUCCCCUUGGACAAGAGAUUAGCGGCCGACGGACGCGGACUUCAGGACGUGGCGAUCAACGACAAGUUUGCGCAAUUUUCCGAAGCGCUGUACGUCGCAGACAGACACGCUCGCGAGGAGGUCAGGCAGCGCGCGGCCAUGCAACAGCGCCUGGCAGAGAAGGAGAAGGCGCAAAAGGAAGAGAACCUCAGAAUGCUGGCCCAGAAGGCUCGCGAAGAACGGGCCGGUAGCGGCAGACGAGACUCACGAUCACGGUCACGGUCACGGUCACGCAGCUACAGCGGCUCAGACUCGGAAGACUCGGAGGGGUCGGAGGACUCCGAGAUCCGAGAGAGAGAAAAGGCACGAAAGGAGAGGAUGCGCGAGGAGGAGAGAAAGCUUCGUCAGUCACGUAUGGGUGCUGAGAGGAGGGUCCAGGUUAUGGCGAGAGAGCAAAACCGCGACAUUUCGGAAAAGAUUGCCCUGGGUCUCGCUAAACCUACGCAGUCCAAGGAGACCAUGUAUGACUCGAGACUGUUUAACCAGUCGAGCGGCUUCGACAGUGGUUUCAACGAGGACAACCACUAUGACAAGCCACUUUUCGCCGCGCAAGAAGUAAUCAGCAGCAUUUACCGGCCGCGAGCCAAUAUGGACGACGAGGAAGACGAAGCGGCGGGUGACAAGGAGAUGGCCAAGAUUCAGAAGACCAGUCGGUUCGGCGAGGCUUUAGGUAGGGGGACGUUCAAGGGCACGGAGGAUGUCGAGGUUAGUACAGCGAUUCGAAAGAGGGCAAAGGGCAGUGCUAACAAAUACUUCACACAGGCGCGAGAGGGACCAGUGCAGUUCGAGAAGGACGCCGGGGACCCUUUCAACGUGGACAAGUUCCUGUCCGAGGUGGAGCAAAAUUCGUCGUCCAAGAGGGGAUACGGUCUGCAGGACGACGAUUCCCGGCAGCCGAAGCGGGCGCGAGUAGAAGAGGAUGAUGAUUAA